GCCGCCAGCUACUGGCAUCAGGCGAAGGAGAGAUCCGUGAGAAGCUUCGAGCCAAAGGCAUAUGCGACUAUCUUAUCCAUCCUCUUUCGCUCGACAGCUUGUCCAAAGUCGUGUCGGAAGCCGUGCAGCGCAGAUUGGAAGAAUAUCUGCUGCUGGACAUACUGGGCCGUGGCGCCACGGCUUGUGUUCACAAGGCCAAGCGGCUACGUGAUAACGAAACCAUAGCCUUGAAGGAGAUCAACAUGCGACGUCUCAAGAAUGCCAAUGAAGAGAUCGAACGGGAACUGAGGCUUCUGCGCGAGCUCAGCUGGCCAACAGUGGUCUUUACGUUGGACACCUGGGAGAAUCGAUCUGAGCAGCUGCGGUAUGUGGUGAUGCCAUUGCUGGAUGGCGGGAGCCUGUUACACCGGAUUGAAGCCGCGCGAGGAGCGGAGUCUGAGGAAGUACAGCAUUCAGUCGAGCUUGUUGCAGAUUGGUACGUGCAAACGCUCCAUGGGCUGGCAUACCUUCACUGGCGAGGAGUUGUUCACCGUGACAUCAAGCCUGGAAACCUGCUCAUCGCCGAAGACAGUCGGCUGUUGCAGAUUGGUGACCUUGGCAGUGCCAUGCUGCUUCCAGGGACUGGGCCUUUCCCGAACCCACAUGCCAAAGUGGCCGCGCCCGUGACAAGUCCGUCAUACGCAAGUCCCGAAGCUCUCUUGGAGGAGACGCAUUUUGCGGCGUCAGACCUCUGGUGCGUCGGGGUCUCGUUUUUUGAGGCACUGACGCUUCAUCCCAUCUUCCCAGAUGUGCAGAGCAUGGCUGAAGCGCAGGAUCACGUACGUGCCUUCGACCCUUCUAUGGCCGGCCCAACAAAUGGCGCUACCAACUAUGCGGUUGCCGCGCUGUCGACACUGAACCAGCUUCGUUGCUCGUCCUCCUCGAGCCCGGCAGCAGUAGAGCUUGCCGGCGAGUUGCCUGAACUGGUGCGCCCUGAUUGGAUGCAAAGGCCAACCGCGUCUGGAAUUGCUUCCCGCUACUUUUGCAUGAAACGCAUCAAGACAAUUUUAAAGGAAACUGGUGCUGUGCCGAAAGGCAUGGUCAGCACCCACAUGGAAGACUACAAAGCCUUAUUGAAACAGUCGCAGGCCUUGGCUGGCGUACAAAGCAUGAACCUACCCUUGUGA